CGCCAGGGCGCUCGCCUCAGAGUCCAGCGCAGGCCUUCUCGUCUGACCUGCGCAACUUGAAAGAGACACCUCACCUGAAUCAUAUCUACCACCCCAUCCCCUCUUUUCAUCGGCUUCUUCGGCUCCGGCGACCGGCGGCGGCCGUCUCAGGAGCACGGGACAGCAAUUAAGUGAGUGAAAACAGGUCGUGCAGAAAAACAGGAAGGCCUGUUAUAGUUUCAAUGGCUUCUUCAAAGCUUCAAGCUUUUUGGAACCAUCCUGCUGGCCCCAAAACCAUUCAUUUUUGGGCUCCAACAUUUAAAUGGGGUAUCAGCAUUGCGAACAUUGCCGAUUUCGCCAAGCCACCGGAAAAGAUAUCCUAUCCUCAGCAAGUUGGUAUGUCCAUGCCAGGCAAUUCUGCACUUGUGUUCCAGACAACAUGCCCACUUGUUUACUACGCAAUCCUUGUGUACUUCUCACAUGCUACUUCUGUUGUAUCGCGUGCAGCUGUUGCUUGCACUGGAAUCAUCUGGUCACGCUACAGCAUGGUCAUUACACCGAAAAACUGGAACCUUUUCAGUGUAAACGUUGCAAUGGCCGGCACAGGCUUGUAUCAGCUUUCCCGUAAAAUAAGGAAAGACUACUUUGAAGAUGAGAAAGAGGUUGCCGCAUCACUGGAAGGAUAGUGACGAACGGAUUAAUCGACUGAAAGCCCCGCUGCCUAAAAUUCAGUGUGCCGCAGGGAUGUGUCGUUUCAUCUGAGACAGGAAUCCAUUGUUUCUUUCCAUGUCCGAAUUGGUUUGUGUCGCUCAGUUGCACCCAUGAACAGAGCAAUGUGCAAAAUUUACACAAACAAGCAAAUAUUUCUUUAUGCAUUGUGCAAAAAAAAAACAUGCAAAUACAUCAACCGAUCCCUUGUAUUUUGUCCUGCCAUUCAGUCGUUUGUUACUAGACCA